CGUGAAAGCAGCGGAGUGGUCCGAGCGGUGGUCCCAGCGGCUGGUCUUCGCCAUGGCUCCGAGUGCGCUGCUCCUCUUCUGGGCUCUCCCCGGCCUGCUCCCCGGCCUGCUCCCCGGCCUGCUCCCCGCCUCCGUGUCCGCCGAGCCCCGGAGCCUCUCCGCAGAAAACCUGCUGGUCAUCACCGCGGCAACGGAGGAAACGGACGGCUUCAAGCGCUUCAUGAGGACAGCCGGAGAGUUCGGAUACACCGUCAAGGUCCUGGGUCUGGGGGAGGACUGGAAGGGGGGAGACGUGGCCCGGACCGUGGGGGGAGGACAGAAGGUCCGCUGGCUGAAGAAAGAACUGCUGAAACACUCCGACAACCAGGAGCUGGUGGUCAUGUUUGUGGACAGCUAUGAUGUCAUCCUGGCUGCCGGUCCAGAGGAGCUCCUGUCUAAGUUCUCGGUUCUGGGUCACAGAGUGGUUUUCUCAGCUGAAGGUUUCUGUUGGCCCGACCAGCGCCUGGCCUCCAAGUAUCCCCCGGUGCAUUCUGGGAAACGCUACCUCAACUCAGGAGGCUUCAUGGGCUUCGCCUCGGAGCUCAGCGCUCUGGUCCAGCAGUGGAAGUACAAAGACGAUGAUGAUGAUCAGCUGUUCUACACCCAGGUCUACCUGGACAAGAGCCAGAGGAAAAAGUUCAACAUGACCCUGGAUCAUCGCUCCACGAUCUUCCAGAACCUGAAUGGAGCCGUAGACGAGGUCGUCUUGAAGUUCGAGAGGUCAAAGGUUAGAGCCAGGAACGUGGCCUACGACACGCUGCCGGUCGUCAUACACGGCAACGGCCCUACCAAGCUCCAGCUGAACUACCUGGGGAACUACGUCCCCACGGCCUGGACCUACGAGGGAGGCUGCUCCAUCUGUGACCACGACCUGCUGCUGCUCACCAACACUCCUGAGCAGCAGCUGCCGCUGGUCUACGUUGCGGUCUUCAUUGAACGAGCGACUCCCUUCAUGGAGGAGUUUCUGCAGCGACUGACGACCCUGAACUACCCGACAGCGAGACUCCGCCUCUUCAUACACAACAAUGUAGUGUACCACGAGCGGGACGUCCAGCGGUUCUGGCAGCGUCACGGUUCUCUGUUUCCCGACGCCGUGCUGGUGGGACCGGAGGAGAACCUGCAGGAGGACCAGGCCAGGACCAUGGCCGUGGAGGCCUGCCAGAAGGACCCACAGUGUGACUACUACUUCAGCCUGGACUCUGAAGUCGCUCUGACCAACCCGGACACCCUGAGGAUCCUCAUUGAGGAGAACAAGUCUGUGAUCGCCCCCAUGCUGUCCAAACACGGGAAGCUGUGGAGUAACUUCUGGGGAGCUCUGAGUCCUGAAGGCUUCUACUCCAGAUCAGAGGACUACAUCGAGAUCGUGCAGGGCAAGAGAGUAGGUGUGUGGAACGUUCCGUACAUCACUCAGGCCUACCUGAUCCGAGGGAGCGUCCUGCGGUCCAAACUGUCCCGGGUCAGCCUGUACCAGGAUGAGGACCUGGACCCGGACAUGGUGUUCUGCAGGAGCAUCCGAGACCAGGGGAUCUUCAUGUUCGUGUCGAACCGGGACGAGUUCGGCCGCCUGGUGGCGGCGGCGAGCUUCAACACGUCGCGGCUCCAUCCCGACAUGUGGCAGAUCUUCGACAACCCCGUGGACUGGAAGGAGAAGUACGUCCAUGAGAACUACUCCAAGAUCUUCGAGGACCAGAAGAACUUUGUGGAGCAGCCUUGUCCAGAUGUCUACUGGUUUCCAGCCUUCUCUGAGAAGAUGUGCGACCACCUGGUGGAGACCAUGGAGGACUUCGGCCAGUGGUCCGGGGGAAAACACAACGACGAGCGUCUGGCCGGCGGCUACGAGAACGUCCCCACCGUGGACAUCCACAUGAACCAGAUCGGCUUCGAGAAGGAGUGGCUCAAGUUCCUGAAGGACUACAUCGUCCCGGUCACCGAGAGGCUCUACCCCGGGUACUACCCCAAGGCCCAGGCCAUCAUGAACUUCGUGGUCCGGUACCGGCCCGACGAGCAGCCGGCGCUGCGGCCGCACCACGACUCGUCCACCUUCACCGUCAACAUCGCGCUCAACAGCAAGACGCUGGACUACGAGGGGGGGGGCUGCCGCUUCCUGCGCUACGACUGCCAGGUGGAGGCGCCGCGCAAGGGCUGGUCCUUCAUGCACCCGGGCCGCCUGACCCACUACCACGAGGGCCUGGCCACCACCCGGGGGACCCGCUACAUCAUGGUGUCCUUCGUGGACCCCUGAGCUCCGGGGGGGCGGAGACUGAGCGUGUGUGUGUGUGUGUGUGUGUGUGUGUGUGUGUGUGUGUGUGUGUGUGUGUGUGUGUGUGUGUGUGUGUGUGUGUGUGUGUGUGUGUGUGUCAGAGUCUCUUCCAGCAGAACCUUUUCUACUGUUUCUACUUUCGGGGUUUUUAGUUUUUCUUCCA